GUAACAAUGUCUCCUUUUGGAGGAUGGCUGCUGGCAUGUCUUUGCUGGUUUUUCUGUUGCCUGUAUUCACAUGGAGAGAGUUAUAUACCUCCAAAAGCUAGGAGAUUCACAAAUUGUUUGGAUACCAGUGGAUGCCCGGAUAAUUCACUUUGUGAGUCGACACAGUAUGGCAAAUACUGUGUCUGUAAGGAUGGAUUCUAUAACUAUAAUGACUAUUUGCAUGUCACCUGCCCAGAAGGACAAUGUCAAGUGAAGGAAGCAAGUUGUCAAACACCAUUUGCCUGUUACAAUGAAAGCUAUUUAUGUAAUUGUCCCACUGGAAAAAUGAAGAGUGUGGUGAAACAGGGUGACCGAAAUAUAACUAUAUGUACAGAUGACAUCAAGCCUGAAUGUAAUCAUGACACAGAGUGUCCUUCAAAUUCAGUAUGUUCCAGAAAAAAUUGCUACUGUAUUUCUGGAUUUCUAAGUCCUAAAGGUGUACCCCUUCUUGAGUUCCAGGAGGAUUGUAAAGACAUAGAUGAAUGUGAGAAUUCACCUUGUGGGAAUAACACAGUCUGUACUAAUACUCUUGGAACGUACAGUUGCUCGUGUGAGGAAGGAUACAGAAACGUGCCACUAAAUCCCAAAACUCUCAAUUGCAUUGACAAAGAUGAAUGUGAGAAUUCGCCUUGUGGGCCACACACUGUAUGUACUAAUACUAUUGGGUCGUACAAUUGCUCGUGUCAGAAUGGAUACAGAAACACACUACUAAAUUCUACAACCCUCAAUUGUACUGAUAUAGAUGAAUGUUCUCUCAAUACGGCAAAUUGUACAAGUAAUUCUAUCUGCAAGAAUACAAAUGGCAGCUACAACUGUGUCUGUCUCCCUGGAUAUGAAGAUUACAGCAAUGGGGGAAACAUCACCUGCAAAGAUAUAGAUGAAUGUUCUCUCAAUACGGCAAAUUGUACAAGUAAUUCUAUCUGCAAGAAUACAAAUGGCAGCUACAACUGUGUCUGUCUCCCUGGAUAUGAAGAUUACAGCAAUGGGGGAAACAUCACCUGCAAAGAUAUAGACGAAUGUUCUCUCAAUACGGCAAAUUGUCCAAGUAAUUCUAUCUGCAAGAAUACAAAUGGCAGCUACAGCUGUGUCUGUCUCCCUGGAUAUGAAGAUUCCAGUAAUGGGGGAAACAUCACCUGCAAAGAUAUAGAUGAAUGUUCUCUCAAUACGGCAAAUUGUACAAGUAAUUCUAUCUGCAAGAAUACAAAUGGCAGCUACAACUGUGUCUGUCUCCCUGGAUAUGAAGAUUCCAGCAAUGGGGGAAACGUCACCUGCAAAGAUAUAGAUGAAUGUUCUCUCAAUACGGCAAAUUGUACAAGUAAUUCUAUCUGCAAGAAUACAAAUGGCAGCUACAGCUGUGUCUGUCUCCCUGGAUAUGAAGGUUACAGCAAUGGGGGAAACAUCACCUGCAAAGAUAUAGAUGAAUGUUCUCUCAAUACGGCAAACUGUCCAAAUAAUUCUGUUUGCAAGAAUACAAAUGGCAGCUACAACUGUGUCUGUCUCCCUGGAUAUGAAGAUUACAGCAAUGGGGGAAACAUCACCUGCAAAGAACCUGCAUCUUAUUGUGACUCACAGGAAUUUGAGGCAUGUCGAAGGCAAAAUUAUAGAAAUGAACAAUGUUCUAUAUUCCAAAGGUUUAAUCAUAUUCGACAGUCUGUCUGCCAGGAAAACCAGAAGAAGCCAUCAGUGGAGAAUGUCACCAAUGAAAUCUCUCAAGUUCUUAAUGAGACCUUGACAAAUGUGAUUGAAUCUUCUAGUCCUGCAGAGGUCACAUCCCUUCUCAAUGAAGUGGAGCAAACCCUAUUAACACUUUUCAUUCAACACCCUAUUACCCAGAGGACCUCUGCUCCUGGACUAGAUGUCGUCAUGAAGGUUUCCAAUGACAGCUGCAGUGAUAUAUCGAAUUUUCUAACUCUGGAAUUGUUAAAAAACAGUAUGGAGGUUCCAUGUAAACAUAUUUCUGGACAAAAUGAUGGUGCUGUCUUCAUCUCAUAUACUGAUCUGCAAUCCAGUUUGCCAAAUUUCAUACAGAAGGAUAAAGAGUCCUCUAAGCAUCACCUUUCUGGAGACAUCAUUUCGCAUGUGGUAACUGGGGCUCUCACCGUUAAAGACACAGAUAAUAUGGACCCUCCAGUGUCAUUCUACCUUCUCCACAUCGAGGAUUUCAAUCCCUCCCACCAAUUGAAGUGCGUAUUUUGGGAUAAAACAGGCUGGUCAAGCAGAGGAUGUGUUACCAAAACACAGAAUGCCUCCCACACGCUCUGCAACUGCUCCCACCUCUCCACUUUUGCUGUUUUGACAUUAUUUCAUGAGGAGGAGAAUAUUCAGAACAGUCAAAUUCUGAGCUGGAUUACUCGCAUUGGUCUCGCUGUGUCCAUUUUCUGCCUGAUGCUCUCUUUCCUCACGUUUGUCUUGUGCCGUACUCUGAAAAGCGCCCACUCCUCCGUGCUGUCUGCACUGAUUGGAUGCCUCUUUUUGGCGCAGCUGCUCUUUUUACUGGGGAUUGGACGAACUGGGAAUAGGGUCAUCUGUGCCAUCAUUGCUGGUGGCAUCCAUUUCCUCUUCCUUUGUGCCUUCUCCUGGAUGUCUCUGGAGAGCAUUCUCCUCUUCCUGACUGUUCGGAACCUCCAAGCUAUGAAUUACCUGAGUUCCCGACAUUCUCAUUUCCCAUUGCUUUGUGCUUUUGGGUUUGGUAUUCCUACUAUCAUUGUCACCAUCACCGCAUCCCUUCGGCCAACGGAAUACGGAACAUCGAGAAUUUGCUGGCUCAGCUUAAACAUUAUCUGGAGUUUUCUUGGACCGAUUUUAGUGCACAUUGUGGUAAACACAAUUCUUUUAAUCUUCACCCUUCACCUCCUAAGAGUGAAACUGUCCUCCCUGAAUGCAAACGUUUCAACCCUGAAAGACAAGCGGCUUUUGGUAUUCAAAUCCUUGGCCCAAGUCUUCAUACUGGGCUGCACAUGGUUUCUGGGCUACUUCCAGUUUGGGUCUGGAGCAAUAGUCAUGUCCUAUCUUUUCACCAUAUUUAACAGUCUGCAAGGAGCAUUCAUCUUCUUGGUGCACUGCCUGCUCAACCGUCAGGUAAGAGAUGAAUACAAGAAACUAUUCCUUAGGAUUCAUCCACAUAAAUCUGAGUCUGAAGCUUUAUCCAAUAUUACUAUGCCUAUGACCAUGAAAACAAGCAAUGUCUAUGAAACCACUGAGCAUUCCUGCAGCAGCAAAGAGGUUUAUUCUACAUUUGUGAUGGAGCUCCCAUGCUCCGACCAAGUACCUCUGCCAAAUCAGCUUCCUCACGCCCAUGUGGGAGCCUGGAAUGCUUCAGACUCAGCCACCGAAGCAUGACUGGGGUCUCUCAAGAACUCUUCCAUGUGACCAGACUGCAAGCUCUCUCCUUUCAUGCAGGUAUUGUCACCUCUGCCUCUUCAGCUCCUUUUCCAGGCAGGUAUCUACAUCUCUGACUACACUGUGACCAGCUACUGCCUUUACAAGGGCACUUGUGACUCUUAGACCUAGCUCUUUUGACUUGUCCUAGGAUCCAGGAACCAAACAGCCAGCCAACAAGUCUAUUGGGAUGCUCGAAUAACAAACCAGGACACACAGUGCCAAAAGAACUAGCCCAUAUGCACAUUACAUUUAACUUACUGUGACAACCUCUAUAUAAUACAAAUAAUUAAAUUAUAUGGGGAAACAUAGAGGAACUCAUAACAACAUAUUGGAGUACUUAUAAAGGGGUUAGCAAGACAAUAACUAACAAGAAAUAUCUCUCCUACCUGCUGAAUUCAUAAUAUGCAAAUCUACCUAAAUAUAUGCAAUAUACCGAGUCUUGCUAUUCAGGUAGUACAACAAUAGCUGCAAACAGAUGGCACUUUACAGAUUCCACAGCCAAAUCCACCUUGUUGGUAGAAAGCAUCAGCAGGACAGGAGAGCACACAAAACAUUUAACAAUAAACAGCACAUUGUACACACUCUGCACCUAUAAAGGGCACAUGGUGACAAUGACAUUAGAAUAGUCCAGGGACCUACAUAAAGUGUCUGUCUUAAGAUCCUGGUGAUUACUGCCAGCAUGGUGAAAUAGAAUUUUCAUACAAAAAAAACUUUUCUUUUGUGGACUGAAAUCUUGGACUUCUCCAAAAAGGUUCUAUAAACUGUACAGGUUUUAUAAACUGUUUUUAGCACUCCUGUAAUAAUGCUUUCAUCGUGUUUUCACUUGCCUGGCAGUGCAAAAUCUGAAUCUUUUGGGUUCCCUGAAUAAAUCAAAUUCUCAAGUUUCGAAAAUUUCAAUUGCCUGAAAAAAACUUAUAUACAAGGCAGCACACACUGGAUAUAAGUAUAAUAUAAUGUAUUCCUUUCCAUGAAGAUAUGGAUAAAUUGCGAAAGUUACCAGAUUGACCCCUUUUCCCCUUGUUAUAAGGACAAUAAAAAGGGCUAAUAACUGGCAAUGUAUCACCUGUCUGCCACAUCUCCAAGCUUGGAGUCCCAGAAUUCAUUUGGUAGAGAGCCUGCUUGAUCAAAGACACUUGAAAGACUGCAACCAGGAAACCCUAAGCAAAUGCCUUAUGGUUAUUCUGGCUACUAAGCUCCAUGGUAGAAGACUGGAUUUGGAGCACUCCAGAGUUUGUGAACCUUACAAUAAAUGAAGCCAGGUAUCUAUAAGAGAUGGACUAUUCAAAGACAUAGACAGAAGAAGUAUUUUAAAUG